AUGGUGAACAUUCAUGGGAAUUUGCGAGUUUAUAGCAGCCGAUUGGUUGGAAGGAAAGAACUUGUGCGACCUGCCGACCCAAAAAGCUUGCUUGAGGCGGGACAGGUUCAAGAGCAGGCUGAAAAAUUAGUAGAAUGGUGGACGGGAAAGAAAUCUGUUCUUUGUAUCACGGGGGCGGGGCUCUCGACGGAAUCGGGCAUCCCUGACUAUCGAGGGCAUCAGGGAUCUUAUCACAAAGGACACAAACCUAUGAUACACCAGCAGUUUAUGGAUAGUGAAUAUCAACGGAGGCGGUAUUGGGGGAGAUCACUGGCCGGCUGGAAGACUUUUGAUUCCACCCAACCCAAUAAAGGACACUUUGCGCUUGCUGCACUUGAAAGAAUGGGGCGUAUCGGUGUCGCUUUAGAGGACCAAGAAGCAUUUUAUGAGCCGGCGGACGCAUUCGAAUUUGGUUUCACUUCGGGGCAAAGACAGCUUGCGGUCGUCACGCAAAAUGUUGAUGCAUUGCAUCAAAAGGCUGGGUCAAAAGAGGUUAUGCAGCUUCAUGGUGCUGGUAAUUUAAUCCGGUGUAUGAAUUGUGGAACGAAGCAGCAUCGUAACGAAUACCAUUCGAAACUGCUCUCAGUCAAUCAGGAAUGGCUGAACGAAGCCCUGAAGGGGUACGAGCAGAGUUCAGAUUUAAGACCAGAUGGUGAUGCCAAGAUAAAGGAAGAUAACUAUGACGACGUUGAUGUUCCCAACUGCCAUCACUGCGACGAAGGAUUUUUCAAACCAGAUGUAGUUUUCUUCGGAGACUCUGUUCCAAAGAGCCGCGUGCGCUUGUUUGAAGAAGCUGUAAAGGCAGCUGACGGUCUAUUGGUUGUUGGCACUUCGUUGGCUGUGCAUUCAGCUUAUCGUCAUGUCCGGGCUGCGAACUCUCUGGGAAUCUCAACAGCUAUUGUUAAUGUUGGCGAGACUAGGGCUGAAGCUGAGGGGUUGGAAAACAUUUUGAAGAUUGAAGCUCCAGCAGGCGACACACUCUCUUUCUGUGUCGAAGCCUUCGAAAAUGAAUCGAAUGCAAUGAAUUCAUCGGUAGCACAAUAA